UCUUCUCCAACGCAGACAGAACGUCGUAUCUACGGGCACUCUUAGCUCGUUUCCUCGUGUCGGAUCCAAGGCUGUAGCAAUCCUGGAUUACCGCGAGCAAACAUAGCCAGCAGUACUACACAGUACACACAACUCUCAAGUCGAGUUGUUGUCAAGGCAGCAAAACUCCAGACAACAUCCCAAUAGGGAUAUCUCAUGAGAGCAGCAACAAAAAAAAACCCAGCAAUCCAUUAUUUGUCCCACGCCCCUCCCCCCGCCAACGCCCACUCAAAAAGAAGGGAAGAAAAAAAGUCCAAAGCUCAAGCUCCCGCGACCUCCGCGCGCCGCGUACCGAAGCACCACCGGCGGCAGAAAGCAGCAACAGCUCCAGCUGCUAGCUCCAGUUCCAGUUCCAGUUCCAGUUCCAGCACUACCAGCUGCAGCUGCUGCACCUGUACUUUGUACCAGCAAAGAGUGUCAUCAUUGCGCUUGAUACCACAUCACUCUCUUUUUUUUCCCCCUCUUGUGCAGAUCUUUGAAAGGGACCAGGGGGUAACGCGAGGAAAGGAAAGAGAGAGGAAAAAAAAAAAAGAGAAGAAAACUUUACCCACCCCCACGACAAAGCAACGACUUGGAUCUCAACCACACCAGACAAGAGGUCCCCAUUUCUUACUCAUCCACGUCGACCUCUAACGGAAGAUCUUCUCCCAAGAGACUCUCCAAGUCCGGAAGAUAUCGAGGCGCCCUCCCUGUCUCAAAAAGCCGCUCGCUCGCCUCGGACCUUCAGCCCAACGCUAUUCCAGCUAUUGCUGAGCCUUCCGCGGCUCCGUAGCUAUUCCAGAGCAACAUUCCGCUUAGCUUGGCUCGGCCCGAAUUGCUGAUUCUGGCUUUCAUUGACGCGCGCGAACUCCUGCGCACCCUUUUCG